AUGUUCUCUUGCACCUACUGUGCAAACAAAAGCUAUGUAAAUAUUUUUUUUAUUGUGAAGGAUUUGCGUUUGUAGUGAAAUAUGUUAUUAGUUAUUUUUUUAGUUUGAAACAUAAAUUUUUAGUUUAUAACCUUACUAAAGAUAUUAUAUAAGAAAAGAUAUAUAAUAUUUUUCAAAGUUCCAGUAAUGUUUUUGGAAUACAACAGAAUGAUUAAAAAUUUGAAAUUCAAAAACCUAAGAUUAAGAGGAAACUAUGUUCAAUCUGUAUUCAUUUAUUAGUCAUUUGAACUUGGAAAAUGGGUAAAACUACAAAAGUUAUUGUUUGUGGAAUGAAAAGUGUAGGAAAAACAGCUUUAUUAGAACAACUGGUUCAUGGAAACAUGACUCCAAAAAUGGAAAUUCAUCCUACCAUUGAAGAUACAUACGUUGUGAAUAUUGAAACAGAUAGAGGUACAAAAGAAAAAGUACGAUUUUAUGAUACUGCUGGAUUAGAACCUCUGCAAAGCAGCACAAAUAAUCAGCAAUUAGCAAGACAUUAUCUCAGUUUUGCUGAUGGCUAUGUAUUAGUUUAUGAUAAUACAAAACCAGAAUCACUAGAUGUUUUAUUUCCUUUAAAAAAAGAUAUAGACAAAAAUAGAGAUAAAAAAGAAAUUAGCAUCAUAGUGAUUGGAAAUCAAACAAGAAAUGAUUUAGAACAAAACGUACUAGAAAAUAUUACAAAUAAAGCUAAUAACUGGUGUUUCAAAGAAAAAUUGAAGCAUUUUGAAGUUAAUGUCAUGGAGAGAUCUACUCUACAUGAAGCAUUUAUUUAUUUAUCUUCACGAUUAAACCCUCCUCAAAACAAAAGUACAUUCUCACAAUUAAGUAUGGGAAGAAGAACUGUCAAAACAGAAUUAACAUAAAAAUCAUAAACAAUUACUGGAGCAAAAAAUCAAUGUAGAUUUCUUUGGCUGGUCCAUUUUCAAUAUUCUUUAUAGAUUUUCAUUUUUAAACUUACUGAUCACGGCAUGAAAAUACAAAUUAAUUUCAUUCUUUUUAUUAAUUUACAAAAUAUAUUUUGAGUAUUGAUAUAAUAUAUAUAUAUUUACUACAUUGUAGACCUACAUUAAUAUAAUAAUCAUUGUAAUACAGUAAAGAACUUGUGGAAAUUAAAUUACAUUGUAAAGAAAUAUUAUUUAUAAUAAAUAUUAUUAAUAACGUAAUAAAUAAUGUAAUUGAAGUAGUUGC